GGCGCGGCCCUGAGCGUAGCCUUGGCCCUCUGAACUCCCGAGUACGGGUGGAGGAACAGAAACCUGGACAACUCCCCACGGAGGGAAGUCCGCAAGGGGAGGGCUGAAUCAGAGUAGACAGCGACCGCUCGGACCCCAAAUCAGGGUCUGGGCGGCCGAGCCGAAGGGACCCCUCUUUUCUGGUCCUCUUGGUAAAGGAAAAGGACCGCAAAGGCGAGCCCGAUUGGGGGUGGGGUCGGAGUGGGGGCCUCCUGGAGUGGCCACUCCCAAGGAGCACAUCAUUUAAGACUGCCUUGCCUUAAGAUUGGAAGAGGAAUCAUGUCAGAAGAAACAGUGAAAGAAUCACAGUUUUCCUUGAAGAUAGCAGUCCUAAGAGUGUUUGAUCUUCCUCUGUCUUGGUACUGUUCUCUCUCCCAGAUAAAAUUUUCACCAGUAGCAAAAAAGUUGUUUGUGGUCACUGCUGUGAGUGCUGUAUCUGUAAUUUUCCUGGCCCAUCACUUUAAAAGGAGACGUGGAAAGAAGAAAGGAAAAAUAUUACCAUGGGAACCAGAGCAUCUCAUACUUGAAUACACUAAAAGAACUGCAUCAGACAAAGGUUCAAGUUGUUCCAGUAGUAGACAGAAUUUGACACUGUCUUUAAGUUCUGCCAAAGACAAAGGAUCUCAGUCUUGUAACUAUGCUAAUGGAGGACUUUUCAGUAAAUACUCAGGUUCUGCACAGAGUUUAGCCUCUGUCCAGAGUGUCAAUUCUUGUCAUAGCUGUGCUUGUGGCAAUUCUAAUUCCUGGGACAAAGCAGAUGAAGAUGAUAUUAAACUUGUUAAUAUUCCUGUGACCACUCCUGAGAAUUUAUACUUGAUGGGCAUGGAGUUGUUUGAAGAGGCAUUGCGUCGAUGGGAACAAGCCCUCACCUUUCGAAAUAGACAGGCUGAAGAUGAAGCUUGUGGUUCCAUUAAAUUGGGUGCAGGAGAUGCCAUUGCUGAAGAAAGUGUGGAUGAUAUUAUUAGCACUGAAUUUAUCCAUAAACUUGAAGCUCUGCUGCAAAGAGCAUAUCGUCUCCAAGAGGAGUUUGAAGCUACCCUGGGAGCUUCAGAUCAUAAUUCUCUUGCUAAUGAUAUUGGUAAGAUGGACAUUUUAUAUGGCUUUUGUGAAACAUGUGGUUUUCUCCUUUUAUAUUCUUGGAAUCAUUUGCUUAAGUGUAUUAAUGUGGUUAUAUAUUUUUUAGAAAAUAGAUAAGAUAAAGGAAGUUCUGUUGUAUUUGUUGGAUUCUUUUUCUUUUAGUUUUCUUUUUCAAGUGAAUUUAAUACCAUUAAGACACAAAUGCAAGUACUAUAGGUAUGAUUGUGAUAUUUUAAAAUUAUAUUCUAAGUGAAACCCAGUUAAAGUGUUGGAGGGAGGAAAAAAAUAAAUAGAAAUACAAAAAUGGGACUGAGACGCACCACCUCAGUCAGAAACAUGCAUAGAGAUAUACUUUUAAAAUAUUUUAAGUAAUUAUAUUUCUUGGACCCUAGUUUAAUUGCAGGCUAGAUUAUGAGGUAAGUGAUCAAUGCAGGCAUUAUUAUGUAUCACUGCCUUUGUUUUCUAUAUUAAAGAGAAAAGAACUUUGAAGAGACUUCUUAAGUGAAAAGAAUGAUUAAAAUUGCUUCUCUAACUUCUGUAAAUACUCCAAAAUAUAAAAUAAGACAAAAUUAUAUUAACACGUCUUUUUAUUAUAAAUAAUUUGUCUUUUUAUUUGAGAAGGAAUAUUAUUUUCCAAUAAAGAAUAAAAACAGUUAGGGAUGGUUGAGUUUUUCCACAUUUAUUUUUGAACAUGAAGUACUGAAAGUGGCUGUACUUUGAGAUAUUUACAUAUCUGUGUAUUUUCAAUUUAGGUAAAAGAUUUCAUUUGUAUUAGAAUUAUAAAUUACUGUCUGUAUGUCAUAGUGAGGGUUUAUAUAUAACCUCUUUGCAUUAAUAAUAAACUGUUAUUACCACCAAAGGUUAUUCAUUAGACUGUUUUUAAAUAGUUGCUUUGCUUUUAGGAUAGGCAUUGUGUUUUGACAUUUGAAGAUUACAGGCCAGAAAAAAAGUAGACGAUAUUCAUGUUAACAAAAAGAAUUGAUCAAAGCCUUCUUUUUGUAUUUGUUCUGACAGUUUCUUUUGUAACUUAUUAGAAUAAUAUUUAUGAUAGUAGGAGAAAGAACAGAGGAGUUUUAAAAGAAUUCAGAUAUAAAAAUGGGAAUGGAGCAACUAGAAAAGUUGUUAAGUGGCAAGGAAAGCCACAGAGAAAAAGGAGUAGGAAAAAAUUCUUACUAUAAAGGAGAGGAAAAGGGCUGCAAAAGUUUUAAUGUCUUAUUCUGGGAAUGGAGGCUUUGCCAUCACUGUUCUAAUCUUCUAUUAGGAGUUUUUUCCAGCCUCAUGGUAAGGAUCAUGUAGAUGUGUAGUUCUAAGUGUUAGUCUUGUAAUAUGUGUGUCAGAUUUGCCCAAAGUU